CUAAGAAGAAUACCAGACCCAGCUGCUUUCGUAUUGGUGUCUAUGGGAGAGCCACCCCCUUAAGUAAACAGGAACUGAUCAUUUUUUGUUCGAUGGUUAACGUCCUGAGUGAACUGUCUUUAGUUAUCCAACAUCUCUGCUGCCUGUGCACUGAGGUCACGCGCAUACAUUCCUGAGGGAGGGCGGGAGUAGAGGGAACUGCCUGAUUAAACUGGUAGUAAAGAGCAGCGUCGACUAUUGUUCAAAUCAACCGUGAUCUUCCGUCUGCGAGGGCAAGAGGGAGACAAGAGGACGAAAACCCGUUUUCCCUGUUUGUUUAGAGAAAAUAAUUAUAUAUAAGCAACGUUGAACAACUCUUUCAUAUUUAAGCUAUAUAAUUAUUUAUCUAUCUUAUCUGUGUGAAGAUGAACGGGGUAACGCGGAGUCUGUGUACAUUUGAGGACAUCAGAGCUGAUGAGAGAACAGCGGAUGGGUGCAGGAGACUGAGGCUGACUCUCCACCAGCAGAACCAGUCCGGGAGGGUCACAGAACAACCCUGGAGCAAGCCAAUCGGACGAGCGUUUGCUCUGGUGCAGCCAACCAGUGAUAGGCCUGCUCUGAAGCCUGAACCAAUCAAACCCUCUGAGGAGAAGGCUGAACAGGUUGAGGUCAUCAAGGUGUAUCUGGAGGAUCGUAGACAGGAGCAGCAGAGACACCAGCAGAGCCUCAAGAUGUUGUCAGAUGAAGUCUCCCAGAUACAGGAGGUGAGAUACUGUCUGAAGACCCUGAGGGAACAGAUGGCAACCAAGAACAAAGGACAACAAAAGUUUCUUGCUAGUGGCUACAGAGUCAGCACUCCUUCCAAUCAGAACAUCUCUUCUUCCUCAAAGGGAGGAGCUAAAGAUGAUGGGCAGGGAGGGGAGGAUGAGGUGGAGAGGGCGAAGAUGAGGGAGGUCAGUAAGCGUCUGUAUGCUCAGCUACAGGAGGCCGAGAAGAAACACCAGGAGGAGAGGGAGAGACUGCAGGCUGAGGGUGUGGAUCUGCGCCAGCGUCUGGGGGAGCAGGCGGAGAAGCUGAAGGGGGUGGAGGAGAGUAGUGAGAGGAAGGACCAGAGGAUUGAGGAGCUCCAGAGGCUGCUGGGAGGCAUGGCGCAGGAGAGCCAAGCCCUACGAGACACACUGAGGAACAGAGAGGAGGAACUCAGAGAAUUACGCAAAAUCAGAGAGGAGGGCAGGAACGAGGAGCAGAGGUCAGAGCAGUUGGAGAAGGAGCUGGCCAUUCUGAAGGAGAAGAUCCAUCAUCUAGAUGACAUGCUGAAGAGCCAGCAGAGGAAAGUCAGACACAUGAUCGAACAGCUGCAGAACUCUCGUAUGGUGAUCCAGGAGAGGGACCGUGUUAUCAGAGACCUGGAGGAGAAGGUGGCUUUCCUGGAGGCAGAGAACCGGGAGAUGCAUGAUCAGAUGGACUACUUCCUGGCAGGUGAAAGGUCAAACUCGCACCUCUCAUCAGACCGCCACGCACAGAUUGUCUACAGUAAGCCUUUGAAGCCCACCAACAUGUCCAACAAGCCUCUUCCCUUCAUCAAAAUCAUUGAGACCAAGUCCUGAACUGGUGAAAGCGAGGGAGAAGGGGCUAACCUAACGACACCAAACCUGCUAAGCUAAGCAACAACGGACUGAAGUAGACCACCACCACAUAAAUACCACAACAACAUCACAGUACACGUGUGAAGUUUAAACUGAGGUGACCACAACAACAUCACAGUACACGUGUGAAGUUUAAACUGAGGUGACCACAACAACAUCACAGUACACGUGUGAAGUUUAAACUGAGGUGACCACAACAACAUCACAGUACACGUGUGAAGUUUAAACUGAGGUGACCACAACAACAUCACAGUACACGUGUGAAGUUUAAACUGAGGUGACCACAACAUCACAGUACACGUGUGAAGUUUAAACUGAGGUGACCACAACAACAUCACAGUACACGUGUGAAGUUUAAACUGAGGUGACCACAACAACAUCACAGUACACGUGUGAAGUUUAAACUGAGGUGACCACAACAUCAUCACAGUACACGUGUGAAGUUUAAACUGAGGUGACCACAACAACAUCACAGUACACGUGUGAAGUUUAAACUGAGGUGACCACAACAACAUCACAGUACACGUGUGAAGUUUAAACUGAGGUGAUCACAAAAACAUCACAGUACACGUGUAAAGUUUAAACUGAGGUGACCACAACAACAUCACAGUACACGUGUGAAGUUUAAACUGAGGUGACCACAACAACAUCACAGUACACGUGUGAAGUUUAAACUGAGGUGACCACAACAUCAUCACAGUACACGUGUGAAGUUUAAACUGAGGUGAUCACAACAACAUCACAGUACACGUGUGAAGUUUAAACUGAGGUGACCACAACAACAUCACAGUACACGUGUGAAGUUUAAACUGAGGUGACCACAACAACAUCACAGUACACGUGUGAAGUUUAAACUGAGGUGAUCACAACAACAUCACAGUACACGUGUGAAGUUUAAACUGAGGUGAUCACAACAACAUCACAGUACACGUGUGAAGUUUAAACUGAGGUGACCACAACCACCCAUGGCCACACUCCUUUGAUAGGACACUAUGCAAUGUGUGUGUGUGUGUCAGAGGAGGCUGGUGGGAUAAGCUAUAGGAGGAGGGGCUCAUUGUAAUGUCUGGAAUGGUAUACAUGGAACAGUCAAAAUGGUUUCCAUAUGUUUACUGUGUUUCAUACCGUUCCAUUUAUUCCUCCUAUAGCUCCUCUCACCAGCCUCCUCGUGUGUGUGUGUGUGUGUGUGUGUGUGUGUGUGUGUGUGUGUGUGUGUGUGUGUGUGUGUGUGUGUGUGUGUGUGUGUGUGUGUGUGUGUGUGUGUGUGUGUGUGUGUGUACAGUUUUGGAUUGUGUAUGGACUUUGAUGUAGAUAGAUAUACUGAUAGAGUUGAUUCACAAUAGAAGUCUAUUUAUUCAUAGCAGACAGAUUUAUUCUUUCUAACCCAGUGUCAUAAUCUAUUGUCAUCUGUUGAAGUCAGUCUGAAGGACUUUACUACUGAGAGAGAGGACCAGAGACAGUGUGAUAGCAGUACCCUGUGGUCAGUGAGGGUCUGAUAACAGACCCUGUACUUUGGCCUCAGAGAGGAGGCAACCAUGUCAGGUUGGGCCAUAACAGAGAAAUAAAAUGGCCGAUGAGUGAGAGGGGGAUCGGAGAGAGAUGGAGGGUAAGAAAUCUGUAUUAAAUGGAUCAGAAUACAACCAGUUUGUCAUCAUUUUACCAUGGCACCAAGGCAGGAUAGAGGGAGUGUUGCUACAGUAUAUAGGUAUUGGAGAAGCAGAAACACAUUAAGGAUAGAGGAUAUAGUUUUCCAUCAAACCCUUCUGUAACCCAUUAACCUACUUCCUGUGUCUGUGGCCUAGAGUCCACUGUUAGAAUCCUCUUUAUUUGACACCUGAAAGGGAGGAAGACAAUCUUUUGACUUUUUGUAAAUAUACUUAUAUGGUCACGCAGCGGCCACAGUGACGUGUCAUGGUUUGAAUACAAAGUUAAAGCCCAUGUUUGUUAUUUUGUUCAUUGAGAAAGUGAGAUGUUUGGUCUAAUAUGUGUGGAUUAGAAGUCCCCCUCGCCAAUACUGAUGUCACUUUAAAGUCUGAAGAAAAUGAAGAUGAUUCAUUCUGACAAGUACUUACUAACCUUGCAAGAAGUCUUGUUGACAUUAUCCACAUUUUUGCAUGCAUUUCAGUUACCUGAAGUUUCAUCCACUAUCACCAGCUCUUGUACAUAACUAUAUUUAUUUGUUUAUGUGGUAUUAUUUGAUAUUUCUUUUGUUUGUUUUAUCCUUCAGACAGGAAUGUUUGGCCUGACAAUCAUCUUUAUGUAUUUAUGUGAAAAUACAUCUUUUCAUUGUAGGGAAAACAAUUUCAGUAGACGUUUUAGUGUGUGUUAACAACAUAUAUACUUUGUGUUUGAGUAUUUUAAUAAAUUUAUGAAAAUAA